UCCCCGGACCGACGCGAUGGCCUCGGAAGUGGUGUGCGGGCUCAUCUUCAGGCUGCUGCUCCCGGUCUGCCUAGCAGUAGCCUGUGCGUUCCGGUACAAUGGGCUCUCCUUCGUCUACCUCAUCUACCUCCUGCUCAUCCCCCUGUUCUCAGAACCAACCAAAACCACCAUGCAAGGACACACGGGACGGUUGUUGAAGUCUCUGUGCUUCACUAGUUUUUCCUUCCUGUUGCUGCACAUAAUUUUCCACAUCACAUUGGCAAGUCUGGAGGCACAGCACCACAUUGUGCCUGGUUACAACUGCUCAACCUGGGAAAAGACAUUCCGACAGAUCGGCUUUGAAAGCUUAAAGGGAGCUGACGCUGGCAACGGGCUCCGAGUGUUUGUGCCUGACGUUGGCAUGUUCAUCGCCAGCCUGGCCAUCUGGCUGGUCUGCAGGAACAUCGUUCAGAAACCAAUGACCGAAGACGCAGCGCAGUACAACCCGGAGUUUGAGAAUGAAGAAUCGGCUGGAGGAGAAAAAAUAGACCCAGAAGAGGCACUGAUCUAUGAAGAGGAUUUAGAGGAAGGAGGAGGUGGUGUUGAAGGUGACAUGGAGGAAAGCACGAAGCUAAAGCUCUUCCGCAGGCUGGCCUCAGUGGCUUCCAGGCUUAAGGAGUUUAUCGGCAACAUGAUAACCACCGCGGGCAAGGUUGUCGUGACGAUUUUACUGGGUUCAUCAGGAAUGAUGCUGCCCUCUCUGACCUCGUCCGUGUACUUCUUUGUGUUUUUGGGUCUGUGUACCUGGUGGUCCUGGUGCCGGACCUUCGACCCCUUGCUGUUCAGCUGUCUCUGUGUCCUGCUGGCCAUUUUUACCGCGGGACACUUGAUCGGACUCUAUUUGUACCAGUUCCAGUUCUUCCAAGAAGCAGUCCCCCCCAACGACUACUAUGCCAGGUUAUUUGGUAUCAAAUCAGUCAUUCAAACAGACUGUUCCAGCACAUGGAAGAUCAUAGCCAACCCAGACCUGUCGUGGUACCACCACGCCAACCCCAUUGUCCUGCUCGUGAUGUACUACACGCUGGCCACUCUGAUCCGAAUCUGGCUGCAAGAGCCCCUUGUGCAGGAAGAGAGAACCAAGGAAGAGGACAAAGCCCUGGCCUGCAGCCCCGUCCCCAUCACGGCCGAGAGGAGGCGGAGCCUGUGGUACGCCACCCACUACCCCACAGACGAGAGAAAACUUUUAUCCAUGACUCAAGAUGACUACAAACCAUCCGAUGGCCUGUUGGUGACCGUGAAUGGCAACCCCGUGGAUUACCACACCAUCCACCCCAGCCUCCCCCUGGAGAAUGGCCCCGCCAAGGCGGACCUGUAUUCCACCCCGCAGUACCGCUGGGAGCCCGCUGCCGACUCCCUGGAAAAGAAGGAGGAAGAAGAAGAUGAGAAAGAAGAAUUUGAGGAGGAGAGGAGCCUCCAGGAGAAAAGGAGUGUCAAAGUCCACGCCAUGGUCUCUGUGUUCCAGUUCAUCAUGAAGCAGAGCUACAUCUGCGCCCUCAUCGCUAUGAUGGCGUGGAGCAUCACGUACCACAGCUGGCUGACCUUCGUACUGCUCAUCUGGUCCUGCACCCUGUGGAUGAUUCGCAACAGAAGGAAGUACGCCAUGAUCAGCUCUCCAUUUAUGGUUCUCUAUGGAAAUCUACUGCUCACAUUACAGUACAUAUGGAGUUUUGAACUCCCUGAAAUUAAAAAGGUCCCGGGAUUUUUAGAAAAGAAAGAGCCAGGUGAACUUGCUUCAAAGAUCCUUUUCACCAUCACGUUCUGGCUGCUGUUGAGACAGCACCUCACAGAGCAAAAAGCUCUGCAAGAAAAGGAAGCUCUUUUGUCUGAGGUCAAAAUCGGAAGUCAGGAAAAUGAAGAAAAAGAUGACGAACAGGACGUACAGGUGGACGGCGAGGCCCAGGAGAAGGAGGAGGAAGAGGUGGCAAAGGAGGAGAAGCAGGAGCAGAAGAAGGAAGAGGAAGAGGAAGAGGAAGAGGAAGAGGAGGAUGAGCAGGACGUCAUGAAGGUGCUGGGUAACCUGGUGGUGGCCUUGUUCAUCAAGUACUGGAUCUACGUUUGUGGAGGAAUGUUCUUCUUCGUCAGCUUUGAGGGUAAAAUCGUGAUGUACAAGAUCAUCUACAUGGUGCUCUUCCUGUUCUGUGUGGCCCUAUAUCAGGUGCACUAUGAGUGGUGGAGGCGGAUCCUGAAGUAUUUCUGGAUGUCGGUGGUUAUCUACACGAUGCUGGUGCUGAUCUUUAUAUACACAUAUCAGUUUGAAAACUUCCCGGGCCUGUGGCAAAAUAUGACCGGACUGAAAAAAGAAAAGCUGGAGGACCUUGGCUUAAAACAGUUCACGGUGGCUGAGCUGUUCACGCGCAUUUUCAUCCCCACGUCCUUCCUGCUCGUGUGCAUCCUGCACCUGCACUACUUCCACGACCGCUUCCUGGAACUCACGGACCUGAAGUCCAUUCCCAGCAAGGAAGACAGCGCCAUCUACAGCCAUGCCAAAGUCAAUGGGCGCGUGUAUCUGAUAAUAAAUAGCAUCAAGAAAAAAUUACCAAUCCACCAAAAUGAACUGGCCCACCCCGAGGGAAGCCUUCCCGACCUCGCCAUGAUGAAACUGACCGCCAGCCUGGAGGUGGCGGAGGCCAAGCAGCUGGCCGGGCCUGGGGAGGAGAAGCCAGGGGGCCGCCCUGCAAAGGCCAAGAAGGGCGAGCCCGGCAAGGAUAGCGAGGAUGAGGAUGAGGACGAGGACGAGGAGGACGAGGAGGAGGAGGUGACGUCAGAUCUGAGAAACAAGUGGCACCUGGUGAUCGACCGGCUCACAGUGCUGUUCCUGAAGUUCCUGGAGUGCUUCCACCAGCUGCAAACAUUCCUGUGGUGGAUCCUGGAGCUGCACAUCGUCAAGAUCGUCUCCUCCUACAUCAUCUGGGUGUCCGUCAAAGAGGUGUCUCUGUUCAACUAUGUAUUUUUGAUCUCUUGGGCUUUUGCUCUGCCGUACGCCAAGCUCCGCCGCCUGGCUUCAAGCGUCUGCACUGUCUGGACAUGCGUGAUCAUCGUCUGCAAAAUGCUGUACCAGCUGCAGACCAUUAAGCCUGAGAACUUCUCUGUCAACUGCUCCUUGCCAAAUGAAAACCAAACGAAUAUACCCCUUCAGCAGCUGAACAAGUCUCUGCUCUACAGUGCCCCCAUUGACCCAGCAGAGUGGGUGGGCCUGAGGAAGUCCUCUCCUUUGCUCGUCUACCUGAGGAACAACCUCCUGAUGCUGGCCAUCCUGGCUUUUGAGGUCACCAUCUACCGCCAUCAGGAGUAUUAUCGUGGUCGGAACAACCUCACCGCCCCCGUGUCUAAAACCAUCUUCCAUGACAUUACAAGACUCCACCUGGAUGACGGACUUGUUAAUUGUGCCAAGUACUUCAUUAAUUACUUCUUCUACAAGUUUGGUCUGGAGACCUGUUUCCUCAUGUCAGUUAACGUAAUUGGUCAGCGGAUGGAUUUCUACGCCAUGAUUCAUGCCUGCUGGCUGAUUGCCGUGUUGUACCGGCGCCGCCGGAAGGCCAUCGCAGAGAUCUGGCCUAAGUACUGCUGCUUCCUGGCCUGCAUCAUCACCUUCCAGUACUUCAUCUGUAUUGGCAUCCCCCCUGCCCCAUGCAGAGAUUACCCCUGGAGGUUCAAGGGCGCCAGCUUCAACGACAACAUCGUCAAGUGGCUGUACUUCCCAGACUUCAUCGUGCGGCCCAACCCCGUGUUCCUCGUGUAUGACUUCAUGCUGCUCCUGUGUGCCUCCCUACAACGGCAGAUCUUCGAGGAUGAAAACAAGGCCGCCGUGCGGAUCAUGGCGGGCGACAACGUGGAGAUCUGCAUGAACCUGGACGCAGCCUCGUUCAGCCAGCACAACCCCGUCCCCGACUUCAUCCACUGCAGAUCGUACCUGGACAUGUCCAAAGUGAUCAUCUUCAGCUACCUCUUCUGGUUCGUGCUCACAAUCAUCUUCAUCACUGGGACGACGAGGAUCAGCAUCUUCUGCAUGGGCUACCUGGUGGCCUGCUUCUACUUCCUGCUCUUUGGGGGUGAUUUGCUGCUGAAGCCCAUCAAGAGCAUCCUGCGCUACUGGGACUGGCUGAUUGCGUACAAUGUCUUUGUGAUCACGAUGAAAAACAUACUGUCGAUAGGAGCAUGUGGCUAUAUUGAAAAGUUGGUUCAAAAUAGUUGCUGGUUGAUCCAAGCUUUCAGCCUGGCCUGCACAGUCAAGGGCUACAAAAUGCCUGAUGAUGAUUCCUCGUGUAAACUACCCAGUGGGGAAGCGGGGAUUAUUUGGGACAGCAUAUGCUUUGCCUUCCUCCUGCUGCAGAGAAGAGUUUUCAUGAGUUACUAUUUCCUGCACGUGGUGGCAGAUAUAAAAGCUUCACAGAUCCUGGCAUCGAGGGGGGCUGAGCUUUUCCAGGCCACAAUUGUAAAGGCUGUAAAGGCAAGGAUUGAGGAAGAGAAAAAGUCAAUGGACCAACUGAAGAGGCAGAUGGAUCGCAUCAAAGCCAGGCAGCAGAAAUACAAAAAGGGUAAGGAGAGGAUGCUGAGCUUGACCCAGGAGUCAGGGGAAGGCCAAGACAUCCAAAAACUCUCUGAAGAGGAUGAUGAAAGAGAAGCAGACAAACAGAAAGCCAAGGGCAAAAAAAAGCAGUGGUGGCGACCUUGGGUUGAUCAUGCUUCCAUGGUCAGGAGUGGAGAUUAUUAUUUGUUUGAAACGGACAGUGAAGAGGAGGAAGAGGAAGAAUUUAAAAAGGAAGAUGAAGAGCCUCCACGAAGGUCAGCUUUCCAGUUUGUUUAUCAAGCCUGGAUCACUGACCCUAAAACGGCACUCCGACAGAGACGCAAAGAGAAAAAGAGAUCUGCGAGAGAAGAACAGAAAAGAAGGAGAAGAGGAUCUGGGGAGGGUCCUGUGGAGUGGGAAGACCGGGAGAAUGAACCAGUCAAGAAGAAGUCUGAUGGACCAGAUAAUAUCAUCAAAAGGAUAUUUAAUAUUUUGAAGUUCACCUGGGUCCUGUUCCUGGCAACUGUGGACAGUUUCACGACAUGGCUCAACUCCAUCUCCAGGGAGCACAUCGACAUUUCCACGGUCCUGAGGAUUGAGAGGUGCAUGCUGACCAGAGAGAUUAAGAAGGGCAAUGUCCCGACCAGGGAGAGCAUCCAUAUGUACUAUCAGAACCACAUCAUGAACCUUUCCAGAGAGUCGGGACUGGACACCAUCGACGACCAUCCUGGUGCUGCUGCAGGUGCACAGACAGCCCACAGGAUGGACAGCUUGGAUUCCCAUGACAGCAUCUCCAGCUGCUACACGGAAGCAACCAUGCUGUUCUCAAGGCAGUCCACCCUUGAUGAUUUAGAUGGACCAGAAACUGUUCCUAAAACGAGUGAGCGUGCUCGGCCCGGGCUCCGUAAAAUGCUCAGCAUGGAUGUGUCCUCCUCGUCAGCCGAGAGCGCCAGCUUAGCCUCCAGCGAGCCCACGCAGUGUACGAUGCUGUACUCGCGCCAGGGGACCACGGAGACCAUAGAGGAAGUGGAGGCCGAGCAGGACGAGGAGGCGCCCGAGGGGGCCCAGGACGCCGAGUCCCUGCAGGAGCCCACGGAGGACGGCGACGUGGAGGCCCCCCCAUCCUACAGCAAGGCCGUCAGCUUCGAGCGCCUGUCCUUUGACUCCCGGGAUGACUCAGCGGGCCAGACCCACAUGGCGGUCAGCCCCGAUGACAGCCGCUCAGACCGGCUGGAGACCAGCAUCCUGCCGCCCCUGACCCACGAACUGACGGCCAGCGAGCUGCUGCUGAACAAGAUGUUCCGUGAUGAGGAGCUGGAGGAGUCAGAGAAGUUCUACGUGGGGCAGCCCCGCUUCCUGCUGCUGUUCUACGCCAUGUACAACACGCUGGUGGCCCGCUCAGAGAUGGUGUGCUACUUCGUCAUCAUCCUCAACCACAUGGUCUCCGCCUCCGUGAUCACCCUGGUGCUGCCCAUCCUCAUCUUCCUCUGGGCUAUGCUGUCCGUCCCCCGGCCCAGCAGGCGGUUCUGGAUGAUGGCCAUCGUCUACACGGAGGUGGCAAUUGUGGUCAAGUAUUUCUUCCAGUUUGGGUUCUUUCCUUGGAACAAGACCGUGGAAUUGAACAAAGACAAGCCUUACCACCCACCCAAUAUCAUCGGGGUAGAGAAGAAGGAGGGCUAUGUCCUCUACGACCUCAUCCAGCUGCUUGCCCUCUUCUUCCACCGGUCCAUCCUGAAGUGCCACGGCCUGUGGGAUGAAGAUGACAUCGCAGACAGCGGCUCCGACAAGGUGGACUCAGAUGACGAGCUGUCCCUCAGCCAUGGCAGGAGGGCCUCCUCCGACUCCCUGAAGUCCAUCAACCUGGCCGCAUCCGUGGAGUCGGUGCACGUGACCUUCCCUGAGCAGCCGGCUGCUGUCAGGAGGAAGCGCUCCAGCAGCGGCUCCCAGACAUCCCAGAGCUCCAGCUUUUCCUCCAAUAGGUCCAAGAGAGGCAGCACGAGCACCCGAAACAGCAGCCAAAAAGGAAGCAGUGUUGUGAGCAUCAAGCAAAAAAGCAGACGGGAACUUUAUAUGGAGAAGCUUCAAGAGCACUUAAUCAAAGCAAAAGCCUUCACCAUAAAGAAGACCCUGCAGCUCUACGUGCCCAUCCGACAGUUCUUCUAUGACCUCAUCCACCCCGACUAUAGCGCUGUCACUGACGUGUACGUGCUCAUGUUCCUGGCGGACACCGUCGACUUUGUCAUCAUCGUCUUUGGCUUCUGGGCCUUUGGGAAACACUCCGCCGCGGCCGACAUCACAUCCUCACUGUCGGAGGACCAGGUCCCGGGGCCCUUCCUGGUGAUGGUCCUCAUUCAGUUCGGGACCAUGGUGGUGGACCGGGCGCUGUACCUCAGGAAGACGGUUCUGGGGAAGGUCAUCUUCCAGGUCAUCCUGGUGUUCGGAAUUCACUUCUGGAUGUUCUUCAUCUUGCCUGGUGUGACCGAGAGGAAAUUCAGCCAGAACCUGGUAGCCCAGCUUUGGUACUUUGUGAAAUGCGUGUAUUUCGGGUUGUCCGCCUACCAGAUCCGCUGCGGCUACCCAACGCGGGUCCUCGGAAACUUCCUCACCAAGAGCUACAACUACGUCAACCUCUUCUUGUUUCAAGGGUUCCGCCUCGUGCCUUUUCUGACAGAGCUGAGGGCCGUGAUGGACUGGGUGUGGACGGACACGACCCUGAGCCUGUCCAGCUGGAUCUGUGUGGAGGACAUCUACGCUCACAUAUUCAUCCUCAAGUGUUGGCGGGAGUCGGAAAAGAGGUACCCGCAGCCCCGGGGGCAGAAGAAGAAGAAGGUGGUCAAGUACGGGAUGGGAGGCAUGAUCAUCGUGCUGCUCAUCUGCAUUGUCUGGUUCCCUCUGCUCUUCAUGUCUCUGGUCAAGUCUGUCGCCGGGGUCAUCAACCAGCCCCUGGAUGUCUCGGUCACAAUUACCCUGGGCGGGUACCAGCCUAUCUUCACAAUGAGUGCCCAGCAAAGCCAGCUGAAAGUUAUGGACCAGCCAAAGUUUAAUAAAUUUAUUAAAGCCUUUUCUAAGGACACCGGUGCUAUGCAAUUUCUGGAAAAUUAUGAAAAAGAAGACAUAACAGUAGCAGAACUGGAAGGAAACUCAAAUUCUUUGUGGACCAUCAGCCCUCCCAGUAAGCAGAAAAUGAUACAAGAGCUCAAGGAUCCCAAUAGUAGCUUCUCUGUUGUUUUUUCAUGGAGUAUUCAGAGAAACAUGAGUCUGGGUGCAAAAGCAGAAAUAGCAACAGAUAAGCUUUCUUUUCCUCUUAAAAAUACGACACGAGAGCACAUUGCUAAAAUGAUAGCUGGCAACAACACAGAAAGUUCCAAAACCCCAGUGACCAUAGAAAGGAUUUACCCGUACUACGUGAAAGCACCCAGUGACUCUAACUCCAAACCCAUAAAGCAGCUUUUAUCAGAAAAUAACUUCAUGAACAUCACCGUCAUUUUGUCCAGAGACAAUACAACCAAAUCCAACAGUGAGUGGUGGGUUCUCAACUUGACUGGGAACAGAAUCUACAACCAGCACAUGCAGGCCCUGGAGCUGGUGGUCUUCAACGACAAGGUCAGCCCCCCAAGCCUGGGGUUCCUGGCCGGCUACGGUAUCAUGGGCCUCUACGCUUCAGUGGUCCUGGUGAUUGGAAAGUUUGUCCGUGAAUUCUUCAGCGGGAUUUCUCACUCCAUCAUGUUUGAAGAGCUUCCGAACGUGGAUCGGAUUUUGAAGUUGUGCACAGAUAUUUUUUUAGUUCGAGAGACUGGGGAGCUGGAACUGGAGGAGGAUCUCUAUGCCAAAUUAAUAUUCCUAUACCGUUCGCCAGAAACCAUGAUCAAAUGGACCAGGGAGAAAACAAACUGACGCCCCAGGCCAUAGGCCGCAAGCCAAGUUAACGUUGGAAUUUUCCAAAGAAAAAAGAAAAGCACAAUAUUCUCCUAAGAGCUAAGCAUUUCUAGUUCGGUGGAAACGGCUUCUCUUCUGACAGGUGCAGAAGGACUGGGCUUCCUUUUGCCCUCAGAGCUGUGAGCAAAGGUGUUAUCAAAAAGUCCUUUGUAAUUCCAUUCCUCUGAAAUCAGGGCUACGCGCUUUAUGUUUUAGUCCAUGGUGUCUCGCAUUCUGAUUGACUGUGUGAAGGAGUCAUGGAUGGGUCUUGUCCCCCAGAGAAACGGAACAGAAGGUGGAGGAGGAAGGAAAGGCCUUCUCCUGCGCCGGACAGUGCCCUCCUGAAGAUGCUACAGUGCAGCGCAAUGCAUGGCACUCUGUGUGAGGACAGGGGCCCUGCACCCCAAACACGCACCAGAACAGGGGCUGAAAACUCCUACACAUAUGUCUGGGGGAAAGGGGGGGGGCGGGCAGUGACCCAUGGUGAUGCCAGUGGAAGGAUAAGCCUCAUUCUAAGCAAAAAGAUAACAUUAGUGACACUUACUGCCUUACCUUAACUGAAGACUAAUACAGAAUCUUUCCAUGAAACACCAGUGACCUCUCAGGAAAAAAAAAAAAGCAGCAAAACAAAUAUAUGGACUCGGUGUUGCUGAGGCCCAGCUGGUGACUCACUCUGAGCUGGUGAUUUUCUGGCUCAGAGUCACUGCUCCCCGUGAAACAUCGACCCGGGAGACAGACUGAGAUGCCACCCAGCUGGAGGCCGGGUCCUUGGACGUUGUCAUCUUUACUGACUGAGGUCUGAUCUCUUCUCUCAUCCACCCCCCACGCUUCCUCCUGUUUCCAUGAUUCACGGCAGUGGUUUUUCCAGUAUGUGACAUUUUUUUCCCUGUUUUUCAGGUCUAUCAACGAGUUUACAUAUUCCAAUUCACAUUUUUACAUCUGAGACGGGUUUUUUUAAGUUCAUAAUUAUGAAAGAAAUAUGUAUAUUGAGCUUGGGGAAAUAAACAAAUGGCCUUUUCUUAAAUUAUUAUUGUGGGUCAUACAACCUCUUCAUGAAAUAACAAUGUAGCAUGAAAAAACUGGUGACUGAAAUGUAGUUUUCAUUCCAUAUUAAAAGACAGUUUCUGAGAAGAAUCAUCAAAUGGACUAGAAUAUGUCCAAAAAUAAAAAUGAUCCUCUGUAGUUUGGGAUCAGGACUGAUGAUUUAAAUAAAGCACAUCCUGUAAAGUCACUGUAAGACCACUCUUCAUUCUGCCUUCAUUCUGCAUGAACUAGAAAAGUGACUUUUCUAUACUGUGUACCAGGAACUAAAAUACCAACUAAGAAUCCACUUCUGUUGGUUGUAUUGUGGGUUUUCUCAUGUGGGUGCUCUGUGGGAGUAACAAAAGCAGGAAACAACUGGUGAGAAAUUAACUUCCCAGAAGGAAACCAUUACAGUGAAUGUGGAGCUUUUAAAACAUAUCAGAGUUCACAGGAUGCCCCAUGUCUUCUAGGGAAUCAGUGCAAACCUGUGCUUCCGCCGUGAAAGCCUCGUGCCUCUCCUCCACUUAGAGAAAGGCUCAUCAUCAUAGCAAUAAACACAGAGCACUCAGGGAGCUCUUCAGCCCACGCUUGAUUUCCUGACAGCAGGAAGCCUGUUCCUGCACGUUCCUGGUUGUGAAUUCUUUCUUUUAAAAAGGUCAGCAGGGCAUCUCGAGAGAGUGCAUUACAGCCCAUUUAGGAAGGAGGGGAGUGGGAAUCCCUCUAACAGGCAUAGAGGUAAAUGAUGCCAGGAUGGAAAACACGGUUCAAGAGAAAGCCUCAGGUGUGGAGGAGGGAGAACACAGAAUGACACAGAGAGAUGUAGAAGGACCAGUGCUGCCUGACGCCUGUGCUGGAGUGGGACUCGCCCAGAGAAGGAGGCAGGCCCAACUGGGAACCCAGGCCAACUCGUCACAACCCCGGCCAGCCUGAUUCUCGGACAACGUGCAGGGAUCAGCAAGCUAUACCGGCCACAUCAUCAGCCUCAAAUGAGCGCCAGGCCCGGCCCAGAGAUGAGGGGCACGUAUCCUUUAGGAUGCGCUCUCUGGAGAUAGCCCUGAGAGGGACAGUCCCCAAGGACCUGGGGGUGGGGUCUGGCCAUUGAAGAGGGAGGGCCAGGCAGAGGGACACGCAGUUUCACCCAGCCCCAGGGACACUGGCGAGCUGGAGCCGCCGCCCUUCCUAGUCCCGAGCGAAAGCCCAGCAUCUGGAUGCUUUAUGGAUAACUGCCAAAAUCUCGGAAGCAGCCAAGAUGUCCUUUGGUAGGUGAAUGGAUAAAUAUACUAUGUUAGAAUCCAGACAGUGGAAUAUUAUUCCACACUAAAAAGAAAUGAGCUCUCAGGAUGUGAGAAGACAUGGAAGAGACAUAGGUGCAUUUUACUCAGUGAAAGAAGCCAAUCUGAAAAGGCUACAUACUGUAUGAUUGCAACUAUAUGACAUUCUGGAAAAGGCAAAACUGUGGAGACCCUAAAAGAUCAGUGGUUGUGAGGGGUUAAGGGGGAAGGAAAGGAUGAACAGCCAGAGCUCGGAGGAUUGCAGGGCAGUGAAGAUACUGUGUAUGAUACCCUAGUGAUGGAUACAUGUCAUAUGAUACAUUUGUCAGGACCCAGUGACUGUACAACACCAAGAGUGAACUGUAAUUAAACUAUGGCCUUUGGGUGACAAUGACGUGUCAAUGUCAGGUCCUCUCUUGUAACAAAUGUCUCACCUGGUGGGAGAUGUUGCUAACGGGGGAGGCUGUGCAUGUGUGGGGCCGGGGGCAUAUGGGAAAUCUCUGUACCUUCCUCUCACUUGUGCUGUGAACCCAAAACUGAUCUAAAAAAUCUGUUUCAAUAAAAAGCCAUCUGUAACAUUGAUAAA